GUGUCGCCAGAGGAGUCAGAGGAGGUGGCACGGAGCAGUCAGUGUAGGGCAAAUCACCGCCCUGAUGAGGUGUCUUCACAUGGCAGUGACGUCAUUAAUCGUGGUGACCUUGUGUCUCGCUGCGGGUCAGGUGACCAGCGCGGCGACUGACAAGAAAACAGAAUGUGGAUUUGAAAGCAAAGGAGUGUACAUCGCAGUAACGUCGGAAGCGGAGAAGGUGAAUAAUGAGUAUCUUCGGUGGUUGGAAGCCCAUUGGUUUGGCAUGGUCGAUGUCGAGUACGGCGACUGGGUAGGGCUGUGGAGCCAUGACCCGAAAGAAGGCCUUAACGGACCGCUGGACGAGUACCCAGUCUCCGCUACAGAUGGGAGCUUCAGGACAGGUCAGCGCUGGAAUGGAAGCCUCAUCCCUGACGACUUGACUGGGACGCAAGAUAUGUGUCUUCCUUACUGGGUCGGUUAUGUGAAUAAGGGAAUGCUGACUCACUCAUCUUGCCUGAUGAUACGACCCCACUGGCUAUCAGGUCUACGCACCAGUCUGAUGGACACGAGGUUAUCGAAGGUGGUUCUGCCCGGAUCUCACGACGCCGGAGCUUCAGGGCACUUUGGCCUGGCGAUCAUCGGGGACCUCGUGGGGCGCUGGACCUUCACCCAGGACGAGAGCCUGUGGCAGCAACUGGUGCUUGGUUCCCGCUACCUGGACAUCAGGAUCGCUUAUUACAAUACCACGCACGAAAAGUUUUUCGUUAAUCACGGGGAGGUUCGGAUCGCUCCCCUUCAGGGUUAUCUCGACAAUGUUGCCGCAUUCAUGGAGCAAACCGAAGAAAUUGUGAUUUUCGACGUCCAUGGGUUGCAACAUGGGUUUAGUGGGCAUCCUGAACGUCACGAAGAACUGAUAAAACUUCUAGAAUCUAAUUUCCAGAAGUGGAUGGUGCCAAAGUCACUCUCGCCAGACCCGACGCUGGGCGAAAUAUGGACGAGCGGCAGUCGGCUGAUUGUCACGUAUCCGUCCUCAGAAGCUUCAGCCUCGCCUUACUUUUGGAAUAACGUCUAUCACUUGUGGGGUGAUGUGAAUCAUCUCGCGGAUCUAGAAGCUUUCCUUUACACCUCCGUCCCGCAGCAAGUGAAUCGCGGGUCCCUGUGGUCCUCCAUGGCGGAGUUAACGCCGUCGGUGCUGGAUGUGACGCUGGACCGAUGGGGCGGACUCAGGGGCGCCGCGGCCGUCACCAACUCGCCUGUCACACAGUGGGUCAGGGAGGACCUGUGGGACCAAGUCAACAUUGUCGCCAUGGACUUCCUUCCCGCGUCCGACGUGGUGGCUAUCGCCAUUGAAGCCAACAAGUUGAAGGCAGAAUGCGUGGGAAAGAAGCGGCUGACAAACCGCGCCCGGCGAUGGUUGUCUGUCAUGGCAAACUAUGUCAAGGACGUGCAGGCUGUUGUUGGCAAUCAAAUGUGCGCCGAUGUUGUGGGCGCCGGAGGUGUGGGCGUGCGCGUGUGGCCCACGUUGCAGGCGCUACCGAGGAGGCAGACCAACAGCAUGCAGUUCCGGAUCGUUCAAAUCAACUGGGAGGCGGAGGAGGUGCAGGAGGGCGACUGGAUCGGCGUGUUUGAGCGGAACCCGAAGGAGCCUCCUGCAAGCUCGGCCGAGUCCUCAGCUCCUGACGAGGGGGCUACGGGCACGGGCGCCGCGAUCCUGUGGGAGAUGCCGCGGCCUCUCUUCUGGGACACGCCCUUCUCCACGAGCGGCAGGGUGACGACCAACGUCUCGGAAACUCGGCCUGAGCUUGCUGCGUUGGCUAUGGGCGGUUGCGUCGGUCACUGGGUGGGAUACGUGCGCAAUGGGCUAUGUGUAGCCGCCCAGUGCCUCGCCGCGCACCCACAGUGGCUUUGGGAUAACAAAGACGUGCUAGGAUCCCGUUCCCUUAGGUCCCUCAUGCUCCCAGGGACUCACAAUGCCGGCUCAUACUCCGUGAAGGACACCGACGACGUAGUGACAGCCUGGGUGGUGUGUCAGGACGAGGACAUCAUCAGCCAGCUCCUCUACGGCAUCAGGUAUUUGGACCUACGCGUGGGUUACUACCCUGACAGCCCGGAGCUCCUGUGGAUCAACCACGACCUGGUGCGGUGGCGACCCCUGGUGGAGGUGCUCGGCCAGAUCAACGCGUUUCUGACCAUCUCGCACGACCCGGUCCUCAUUGACAUACACCGCAUGCCCGUUGGGUUUGAGCACCACGAGGCCAUCCAGCUCCUACUGUCCGCCAUGAACGAGACUCUUGGAGAUCACUUCCUUUCAGAGCGGUAUGGGUCGCAGGUUACUCUGGACCAAGUGUGGGCCACAGGGAAGCGGGCCAUCUUCGCCUUCGCUGACAUCGACGUCUCCGAAGAGGAGGACUGGGUGUGGCCGCCUCUCCCCCAGGCCUGGGCUAAUGCGCAGACGCUGGAGGACCUGCGGGGCUACCUGGACACGCAGAUGGCUCGGCGGGCGGCGUCCCCAAGAUUGUGGGCUGCCAUGGUGCACCUAACACCCACCUUCUUGGACCUGCUCUUCCGCUCUCAUGAGGGCGUGCGGGGAAUGUCCGACCGCGCCAACCCUGCUGUCACCAUUUGGCUGCAGAAGCGGUGGGCACACCUGGCCAAUAUUGUGGCUUCUGAUUUCUUCAGAGGCAAUGACAUAGUCAAUGUUGCUAUCAGGACAAACCUAGCUCUGUCUGUGUGUCCUUCGUCUAGUUCUCAUGUAGCAUCUCCGCUGCGAAGGUCCACCGGCUUCAGGCUCUCGGAAUUACCAAGGAAAUUAUCAAACCCGAUCUGGGAGACCAUCAAAAACUUCGAGGAGGACCUGCCACACACCUCCUCCGCUCCGCGCCUGUCCACCCAACCCUCACUCAUCAUGAGCUUCACCUCUACCACACCUCCGUUCCAAAGGAUCACCACCUCUUCACCACCAGACGUCACCACACCUCCAUACCAGAGAGUCACCACACCUCCAUACCAAAGAGUAACCCAGGCUCCUCACCACAGAUCGCAAGGCACCUUCUCUACGGGCACGCGUGUGACGAACACUAUCUCUCCUACAACAACCCCACCGCCUCCUUCGACCACCUCACCGUCCCCAUCCCCAUCAGUUUCCUCGCCAGCUUCUACUUUACUCACCAGGAGGAUCCAGGAAGACAACAGCAUUCCAGAGGGCCUCGAACCCCAAAGACCCGAGUCCGAGUCCAUCGACUUGUCUUUAAUUUCUCCCAUACAUUCGAUAUUAGAUUUGUUUGGCUUCGACACCUCAGAUACGCGUUCAGACAGGCGACGACAAGACACAGGACAAGGAGGAACACCGUCUACCCAACAAACGAUGACAUCUGAUGACGAAACAGAAAAGUACUCAAAGAAAUUGGAUGCUAUUACGACGACUGACGAUGCAAGCGACCCAAGGACAGGGGAUGAUCCAACGGACGACCCGCCAAUAGUAGUAAGUCUGCUAAACGACCAGCCCGUUAUGACCUCUUCCUCGACCCUUAUAUCUCGUGUUAAACCAACUACCUCUCAGGGGCUCCCGGACAGACCUUUGUUAUCAUCGUCAGGAGGUACAGAGCAAACGAUUCCCUCGAUAAAACAGGGGAGCCGACAGGUUGCCGCGUAAAUCCAUCGAUUUAGCUAAUUCUAAUUUUUAUUUUUUAUUUUAUUUUAUUAUAUUUCUCUGUAAACUAAUUCCUAGGUACGUGUUUUAUACUGUUGUUGCUGAUUUUAUAUUCUAUUACAGUGGAAAUAAUUUUUAUAUGAUAAAGUGUUUUUUCCCCAGUACCUGACGACUUCACGCGCACACACACGCGCACACACAACACACACACACACACACACACACACACACACACACACACACACACACACAAACACACAAACGAAUCUCAAACACACACGCACAUACACAAGAGAUGAAUAUUAACUCGCAUUUUCUCCAUCGCAUUUUUCGUUGCAAUUGUUAUCAUGAAUUUCGCCAAAACAUGUACAUCAUCUACCACAUAUAUUGUAAUACCUCAUGCUGGUGUAGGGGAAACCCAUUUUUUGGAUGUUUUUUUUUUUAUUUUAUCAUUUCUAUCACAAGCAUAAUAAAACGUACUUCCCGAAA